AUGGAAACCCAAACUCAACCACACACCACAGCGCAGCCCACCCCCGUCAGGCACGGCUUGGCGCGGGCGGUGGCGCGGGCGGUUAAGCGGCGGGCUGCAGCACAGAAGGAUGAGGUUGAGGAAGAAUAUGUUUUAGCUUUACUUCUGAAAGGGUCUGCCUUGGAAGAAAAUCAAUGCAAAAAAGACCUAAAAAAGUACUGUGAUAACAUGAAGAAAGUAGAUAAAAGUUUUAGUGUUUAUCCAAAAUUAGAAGAAAUUUGCAAAAAUAACGGUGAAGAAAAAUGUACAGGACUGAAAACCAAAGUUGAUGCAAAGAAAACUGCUUUCAAAGCAAAACUCGAUGGAGCAUCUAAAAAAGAAAUUUCACAGUUAACAGAAACGGAUUGUUCGAAUCAAAAAGAAUGUUUAUUUUUAGAGGAGGCGUACUCUAAUGAUCUUAAAGAAAACUGUAAUACAUUGAGAAAUAAAUGUUAUCAAAAAAAACGCGAAGAAGUGGCAGAAAAAGCUCUUUUAAGAGCGCUUAAUGGUGAUCUUAAAGAUAAAGACAUGUGCAAAAGAAAAAUUGAAAAUGUUUGUCUUUUGUUAGUCCAAGAAAGUAACGAAUUAAUGCAAAAAUGUUUUAGUACAGAUUCUCUAUGCACAUCUCUAGUAGAAUUAGCAAAAAAAAAGUGUACUGCUCUGAAAACAGAGAUAGAAAAAGUAUUAAAAUCUGAUGGAGAGUUAAAAAAAGAAGGGUAUUCUUUACUUGAAGAAUGUUAUUUUCACGGUAAGAACUGUGAAACAGAAAAACCAGAUUGUGAUGGCUUGAAAAAGAAAUGUAAAGAUACAGGGAUAACUUAUACACCACCAGGCUCGGAUUUUGAUCCUACAAAACCAGAAGCUACACUGGCGGAAAAAAUAGGUUUGGAAGAACUUUACAAAGAAGCGGCAAGACAAGGAGUUGUAAUUCAAAGAGCACUGGAAAGAGAUAUUGUUGAUCUAUUAGUGUUUCUAUCAGGGAAGAAUUCUUUUGAUGAAGCUCAAUGCAAGAAUGUACUCGAUAAUAAAUGUAAUUCUAUUCAAUAUCUAGCAAAAGGUCUAAAAGAUUUAUGUAAAAAUAAAAACAAUUAUACAAAUAAAUGUAAAGAAUUUAAAGAAGAAUUUCAAGAAACAAAGGGCUCUCUGGAAGUAAAGUUUAGAAGCAAUUUAUUUGAAAAAGAAAUUAAAUUAUGGAGUGAAUUACCGAAAUUCCUUACAGAAAAUGAUUGUGUAGGGUUACAAUCAGACUGUUUUUAUUUUGAAGGCCAAACAGAUUUUGAAAAAAUAUGUAAGAAUGUUAAAGCAGCGUGUUAUAAAAAAGGCCUUGAUGCAUUAGCAAACCAAGCAUUACAAGACAAAAUGAGAGGGAAAUUCCAUAAUAGAAACGAUACAUGGUUUGAAACACUUCAAAAAGAUUUGGUAAAGACAUGUGUAGAUUUCAAAGGGGAGAGCGAUGAAUUAUUCGUUUUAUGUGUAAAACCAACAGAAGGAGCUCUUACAGUAUUAACGGAUUUACAUACGAGGACAAACUUGUUGCAAGGAGAUUUAAAUGAAAGACGAGAUUUUCCUACGAGACAAGAUUGCGAGGAAUUACUGAAGAAAUGUCAAGAUUUAGAACAAGAUUCAGAAGAAAUCAAAUGGCCCUGUCGUACGUUGAAACACCAUUGUAAUAGGCUGGAGAUUGCAGGACAAUUGGAAGAGAGGUUGUUGGAAGAAAAAGUGAAGGAUUUGGACAAGUUCGAUUCAUGUUUAAAAAAUCUGAGAGAACAAUGCCAUGAAUGGACUAGAAGAGGAAGAGCGCAGUUUGCUCUCGCAUGCGUAGCACAGAAUAUUACAUGCAAGAUUCUUACAGAAAGUAUAGAUUCUAAGUGUACUACAUUGAAGGCACGUAUGAAAACAAGUGAUGUUAUAAAAACUGCAAAAGAAGAAAAAACAAUGGAAGAAACAUGUGAUUCUUGGGAGCCUUAUUGCAGAAAAUUCAUGUCAAGCUGCAAGGAUUUAGAAAACACUGGAAAGGAUGAUGGAUGUGAAAAACUUAAAGAAAACUGCAAGCCGUAUCGUGCACAAAGGGAUCGCGAAGAUGCAGCUAUGCUUAAAUUUAAGGGGAAUCUUGAUAAGAAAAACAGUUGUAUAACGGUUCUUGAUCAAUAUUGUACACAAUGGGCGAAUGCAACCAACGGACUUGAAACUUUGUGCAAAAAAAAAGGUGAAGAGGACAAAAACGUUAGAAAUAAACUCUGCAAAAAGCUGAUUGAACGAAUGAAAGAAAAAUGCAAAGGACUAUCAGAAAAACUUGAAAAGGUUAAAAACGAAAUAGAAGGGAAAAAUAAAGAAUAUGAAAAGAUUAAAGGAAAAGCAGAAGAAGCAAUGGAAAAAGCAAAUCUUGUUUUAUCAAAAGUGAAAGAAUCCGAUAAUAAAUCUGUGAAUAAAUCCGUACCUAGUGAACCUAAAGGAGAAGAAAACAAGGUAGGGUUUAAACUUGUAAGAAGAGAUACAAAGUUGCAAGUAACAGAAAAAGAGUUACAUGCAUUUGAUUUGGUAUCACAAGCGUUCAGUUUAUAUGUAGAGUUGAAGGAGAUAUGCCAUCACUCACUGAAAGAUUGUGAUUUCAAAAAAGAGUGUAAAUGUGAGGAUCCAUGUGAAAAGAUACAAGGAAUAUGUUCGAAAUUAGAGCCACUGAAAGUCAAACCAUAUGAGGCAACAACUAAAAACAUAACAACCACAACUACGACCACAACGACGACGACAACAACCGUUAAAGACGCAAAGGCAACAGAGUGCCAAUCUCUGCAGACGACAGACACAUGGGUCACAAAGACGUCUACGCAUACCAGCACGUCUACAACUACGUCUACGGUCACAUCGAGAAUAACGUUGACCUCAACGAGGCGGUGUAAGCCUACGAAGUGCACCACCGGAGACGAUCCAGAGGAUGUCAAGCCAAGUGAAGGUUUGAGAAUGAAUGGAUGGAGUAUAAUGAAGGGGGUGUUACUAGCAAUGAUGAUUUCAGUUAUGAUUUAA